GACGAGUGGAAAAUAGUUCCAGCACCAUUUCUGGCUUAUUCUUGAAUUGGUGAUGGUCAAGCGAAAUCAUUUUUAGAUUGUUUUUAAAGAAAAACAAAACAAAAAAAAAGACAAACAAGAUUAUUAAAAUUAAGUGUCUUCCGAUAUUAAUUAGGAUACGUUAGUAAUGUUGUAUAGACUAUCGAGUUUCCUGCUUUUAUUAGCUAUCUGGGAAUGUGCAAUUAUUAAGAUUAAUGCUGAAGCAAAAAAUGGAGAUAUGAUUUUUAUUGAUGAUCCUCAAGGGGAUCAAAUUGAAGGAAGUGCGAUAGAUGAUGAAUUUGCUGAUUUGGAUCAUUCAAAUGGGCGAGGAGUUGAUGAUGAAGAUACUCCAGGAUCUGGAUUUGGACCUGAAGAUAGUGAAUCUGGAUCAGGAGGAGAUAUAUUUGUUUCUCCCAAUGAUCGAAAACCAUCACUACCAGAGGGUCAACCAGUUACUUCCACAACUACCAUGAUGCCCACCACGCAGAAAACUGAUGGAAAAGAUCUUCAGCCACCAAUAAAGGUCCCUCCUCCAGAUGAUGAAAAUAGAGUACCAGAUACACAGGAUCCAGUUUUUCCUGAAACUUCUACAAAAUUUAAUGUGGGCAGCUCUCCUUCACCAAAUGACAAUAAUGAGAGAGAGAAUGAUAUUUUUAACAUGGGUCAUAAACAGUAUAGUAGAUCAUCAUCUUUCUUUGCACAGCCUGGAAUAUUGGCAGCUGUGAUAGGAGGUGCUGUUGUUGGUUUGUUAUGUGCUAUUCUUCUAGUAAUGUUCAUCGUUUAUCGAAUGAGGAAAAAGGAUGAAGGAAGUUAUGCCUUGGAUGAACCCAAAAGAUCCCCAACAGUGAAUUCCUACACACGUAACACCAACAAAGAGUUUUAUGCAUAAGUUUUAUUAUUUUAUCAUAUCUGUCCUUUGUAGACAUCAUGCUGCCAAGACCUUAUCAGCAGCAAUUUGGAACAACAGUAGUGUCUUCUUUUUACAAUGCUGGAACAUGGUAUUAUUUUAAACUAGAAGUGUAUUGCAGUUUAGUACAAGACUAUAAGCCAGAGAAAAACCUAGAAAGGGUUGUGUGUCAUUGUCAAAUAUUGUAUUGACACUUUUUAAGGAGGUAUCUGCUGUUGUUGUUAUUUGAUAUAUAUACUUGGCCACCUUUUCACUUAAUCAUGCCUUCCUAUAACUGUUGUGCUUCACCAAACUUUGAUAUUUAAAAAAAUAAAUAAAAUGAAAAAUCAAGUCAUCUGAUUUAUGGCAAAUAUGUAGUUCUUUGUAUAAAUAAACUGUUUUAAAAAUCACACAUUCCACCUUCUUAAAAUGCUGGUUUUCCCUCUUUCUUUCCAAAACUUGAAGUUAGUGUCAUCUGUAUAGGAAUAAAAAUGAAUUAAGUAAUUGUACAGAUUUUUUUUAUCACUAUCAUAACUUUGAACUGGUAUUGCAGUACCAGAAUAUAAUAUUGUCAAUAUUGUCUUGUGCAUGUUUAAAUAUGCUUCUGCCAAGAUAUAAUGUGAUGUAUUGUGAACAUAAUUUCCAAUUUAUCUAAUGUUUUAAGCACUUUUUAUACUUUUAUUCAGCUGAAUCUGCUGAUGAUCACAAGAAGCUUUCAAAUGAUAUAUGUUGAUUUUCUUGAGGAAAAAAAUAAUAUUAAUUUUGUGUUCUAUGUUAGGAUAAUAAUUCUUACCUCCAGAAAAAGAAUUAAAAGGUGGAUUGUCUCAGGUGUUAGUCUAGUUUUUGUACCUGUUGACAUUAGAUGUGUUGCUUGUGUAGUAGAUCUGUUUUUCUGACGCAUUUACCUAUCAUAAUUUCAUACAUCGUUACUUAAAAGCUAUCUUUUUUACUCUGUCAACAUUAGCACAAAAAUUUCUUGCUACAAAUAUAAAACUGCAAGAUAUUUUGUGGAAUUUCAGAAUUUUAUAUGUGCUACUUGAAUUCCAUUUGCAUGCACAAUUGCAUAGGCCUUUAAUUUCUAUUGCAUUACAACAAGUACACCCAAAAAUUUGGGAUGCAAUAUGAAAGAUGAAUGAAUUUUUUCCACAUUUUAUCUUGUUUAUACAAUAUAAAAAGUAAUUUGUUUAAUAAGUUUAUAAAAAGCUAUAGCAAUGUAUAUAGUUGUCGAUUUUAAAUAAAAAAAAAUUGUAAUGGGUAAUUGUGUUUAUUAUUAUUAUUAUUUUUUUUUCUUUUAAGUUAUUGAUUUCAUUUAAUAGUGAAAUAUUCCAUUUUAUUGUUAAUUUGUUUCAUGCAUUGACACAAUGAUAGUUCGCAUUAUGAUCUGCCAAAUGUAUCAUAUAUAUAUUAUAUGCAUGCAAUCUGUGCAGUCCAGUCCUGUAAACAUACAAAUUAUUACUUCUGAGGCAGAUCAAUCUUUUUUUUCUGUUGUUCAAAACUUCAAUGUUGUUGGAAAAUUUGUAAUUUCAGUACACACAUAGAAAGAUAAAGAAUGACUUGCUAAUUUGGUAAUGAUAAUUUUCCAAAACAAUUAACAAUAAAAGUUGUAAUAUAGUGUAACAAUUAUAAUUUUGAAAUUGCUAGUAUAUCUGAUGUUAAAAUUAUAUUAUUGUUGUAAUUUUCUUUUUCUGAAUGAAAUAAAAUAAAAUAGCUAAUGUAUGUAAAAAAUAAUAAUGUACUUACAAAUCAAUUAUAUAGAUAAACUGCUAAAAUUUGAAAAAUGUAGCUUUUUUUCCCCCUGUAUUACGUAUCAGAUGACAGAAUGCAGUCAUCUGUUUAGUAUAGAGAAAUUUUAAAAAGCAUGUAAAUUCUUUGAGAAAGUUGAAGAAAGUGGAAAUAAAGAGCAUUUUGAACACUUG